UCCGCAUUUAACAUAUUUUACAUACAAUAUACCUCUAUACAAGAAUUUAGCGAAGGUGGUUUUCAUAAAACAGAAAGUGAGGUAGCAGCUAUGGAGUAUAUUCGUUUAAAUACGAACAUCCCUGUUCCCAAAGUUUAUUAUUGGAAUAGUUCUGUCAAUAAUCCAGUAGGAGCAGAAUAUAUUUUAAUAGAACAUUUACCUGAUAUUUGUCUUUGCAACAUCUGGAGGGUUAUAGAUUGGGAAUAUACUGGUGCAUUCCCAAUGGAGUGCGUAUGUACUUAUCCAGUAUGGAUAACUAAUAAUAUAAUAGAACAAACCAACAAAAAGUCUGAGAAAAAUCUAAUACUACAGAAAUUUUUUCAAGAUGAAAUGUCUCAUCGUGAUCUUGAUUUUAUACGCACAUUUGACAAUAUAGAUGAAAAAAAAAAGAAUUUUAUUUCGCAGUAUUUAGUCAAGAAAUAUGGAAGGUAG